AUGAAUAAUCUUGUUUUAAAAAAUAGAUUUAUUUAUUAUUUGAGAAAUGGGAACAAUAUUACUAUUAGUAGAAAAUUUCAUAAAAAUAAUUAUAACUCGCUAAAAAAGUAUAAUGCCCAAUUUGAUUAUCAGAUAUAUAUAAAUAAUUACACAGAUUUUGCAAAAAAAAAAAAACAACACUUUUAUUCUACAUAUAAAACUACUCCAGAAAAUAAGAAUAUAAAUGAAAUAAAUGAAGCAAACCAAAUAAAUAGCUUCUCUAACUUACCUAAUGAAUAUAAAAAAAAUAAAGAAAUCGAUUGUAAAAAUGUGGAUAAUUUUGUAAAUAAAAAUAAUAAUGAAGAUAAAUUUAAUAUUGAAGAAAACGAAGAAAUAAAAAAAGGAAAAAAAAAAUUCUCAAAAAUAAAAAUAAUAGGAUACACAUUCAUUUUUGUAUUUGGAACAUAUGUUUCUUAUAAAAUUUAUAAAAAUAAUUUUAAUUUAUCAAAAGCCGAAGAAAAUAUAUUAAAAGAUUUUUUUAGUAUUAUUUAUACUAACGAAGAAAAAGAAAACGUUAAAAAUUCUAAAUUUAUAACAUGUCUAAAUGAAAAUUUAACCAAACAAAUAGCCAUGUAUUUUUUACAAAUUGAUGCCGAUAAAAAAUCUGGAUUUAUUAUUAAUGAUGCUCUCAUUUUUUUAUCAGAAUUAAAUAUAAAUGAAGAUAACGAAAUUGUAAAAAAAUUUAUACAAAAUGGUAAUGGAAAAAAUACUGAAUUAAAAAAAUAUUCGGGAUGUUCCUUACAACAAUUUGGUGAGUUAUUGGAAAAUCUAAUUUUAGCAAAUAAAACGAAAAAUCAUAAUAACGUACUAUCAAAUAACGUACUAUCAAAUGACGUACUAUCAAAUGACGGUUUAAAUAAUUUACUGGAAAAUGAUCAAAAAAAACAUUAUAUUAAUAUUAUACAGAAUUAUUUAGAUAUUUUUAUUAAUGCUAUUAAAACGUCAAAUUUAUAUUUAUAUUAUCAAAACAAUAAAAAAAAAACACAAAAUGAAGAUAUCUUAGAUGAUUUAGAAAUUUUAAUUUUAGACAAACUAACUAAAUACAAUGAUAAAUAUGUUGAUAAAAAAAAUUUAUCUUUAGAUUAUAUAUUAAGUAAAGAAGAAAUAGAUCUUCUUCGUAAAAAUUGUAUAUCAAACAAAAAAGACGAAGAAAAAGAAUUACUGUUAAUUGAAAAAAAAAAUAUUGAAGAUAAAAUUAAACGACUAUUAGACCUUCAAAAAAAAAAAAAAUUAACAGAAACCGAAAUUAAAAGAUUACAAGAUUUGAAAAAUAAUUUGAAAAACGUUAAAUAUGCCAUAAAAAAGGAGCAAAUUAAGAGAUAUUUCAACUAG